UACCAGCUGGGCAUUUGGGUGGCACACGCCUUUAAUCCCAGCACUCGGGAUGCAGAGGCAGGCAGAUAUCUGUGAGUUCAUAGGCCAGCCUGGUCUACAAGAGCUAAUUCCAGAGCCUCGGCCGACGCAGCCCGUGCUUGCAGGCGCCGGUGUUCCCUCGGCCCCGGAACGCGGGAGGGCGAGACCUUUUGCGUUUUGCAGUGGUGUUUGAGGGGGGCCGGGGGUUGAGGAAGCAGAAAGCCGCCGAGUCUCCGGGGACCUCCGGGGUGAACCAUGUUGAAUCCUGACAACGGGGAGCAGAUCCACCUGGUGAACUAUGUCGAGGAUUACCUGGACUCUGUCAAGUCACUGCCUUUCGACCUGCAGAGGAAGGUCUCGCUGAUGCGGGAGAUCGACGCCAAAUACCAAGAGAUCCUGAAGGAGCUGGUUCACAACUGUGAGAAGUUCAAGCGGGAGAAGGACGGCACCCAGAAGAGGCGGGUGCUGCACUGCAUCCAGAGGGCCUUGAUCCGCAGCCAGGAGCUGGGCGAUGAGAAGAUCCAGAUCGUCAGUCAGAUGGUGGAGCUGGUGGAGAAUCGCACCAGGCAGCUGGACAGUCAUGUGGAGCGCUUCGAAGCCCACCAGGACAUCAGCGACAGCACCGGCAGCAGCGGCAAGGCCGGCCAGGACAAGUCAAAGAGUGAGACCAUCGCUCAGGCCCACAAGCCAAACACCAAGCCGGGGUCCUGGAGGCAGCGAAACAAGGAGAAUCGAGAGAAUGCAUCUAAUAAUCACGACCGUGAUGACAUCAUUUCAGGAACGCCCAAGGAGAAGAAAGCAAAAACCUCAAAGAAGAAGAAACGCUCCAAGGCCAAAGCAGAGAGGGAAGCCUCUCCCGCAGACCUCCCCAUCGACCCCAAGGAGCCCACGUACUGUCUGUGCAAUCAGGUCUCCUAUGGAGAGAUGAUCGGCUGUGACCACGACCAGUGCCCCAUCGAGUGGUUCCACUUCUCCUGCGUGGGACUCAACCAUAAAUCAAAGGGCAAGUGGUAC